GAAACAUGGUCCUAUCCACGGCAAAACUUGCCGCGGACCUGAUACAGGCACAGGUUCAGGAGCUGGGGUCUAACAAGCAUAGUCACAUCCUCUACCGAGAGCGACGAUCUCGCAGUCUGCACUCUGUAACAGCAAUAGCGCGACAGAGUAAGAUCAGGUGGUAUUGGAGGGCUGUGGCUGUGCGGCCUCAGCUCCUGAAUCUCAGCCAUAAUCAUCCCACAGUCGGCGCAAGCCAACUUGAGCUGGAAUGAAGGCGUUAAUGACACGUCCUUAACACGGGGUUGGACGAUC